AUGGCCUCCCGCAAGCAAGACCCCCACGGAGGCGGCAGUCUCUCUGAGAUGGCUGUUCAUGGAACUACAAUCCCAAACGACGCUGGCAGACAGCGUAUCAUCCCGUCUGUGCCUCGCCCAGACCAGCGAUCAGAGAAUGCUCUCUACGACAACAACGGGAUUGCCCAGCCCUCAACCGCAUUUGCAGCAGACAACGACACUGACUUGCCUCGGUCCACUCGUGAUAUUGGCUUGACGGGGGAGGUCCUGACGGGCGUAGGCAAUUCCAUGCCUGCCAGCGUGGAGUCCAAGCGUGCCUAUGUGGGCACAAAUAUCCCCGGUGCUACGCGUGAUCAUCGCGAAAUGAAGCAUCACAACCAUAACCGGGGCAUGUUCGAUCAGUAUGCAAAGGAGGAUGAGGAUGCGCAUGAAAACAUUGGAGAGAACUACUGGCACAAUGAGUGA